AGACCGAACCUUCAACCCUUCCUUCCUUUUCACCUCCACUCUCAUACAACUUAGAAUCACUACCGGAGCGGGUCUCCUUCCUAUCCUUGUUUUCCAAACUAAUCUUGUAAUCCGUUCCUUAACUACACAAUUUUCAACAUGUCUACUCUGGCAACAGGUGUCCCUUACGAAUUCACAUUCCCAUCGUGUGAACUUCCGGUCACUCCGCCAAGCUUUUCUUUUGGCCCAUCUCUCCUUGAGCUCAACUUCAACCCUAGCCAUGUUCGCUCCGUCUCCCAUAGCUCAUCGGUCUACUCCUUUGAGUCUUCCCCCUCAGAGUCGGUGAGCGCAACAAGCACACGAAGGACAACACCGGUCCGGAGCCGGUCACCCAUCCGUACCCAUGGACCCCUUCUCCUCCCCAAGAUCCGCAGCCAGGACCAGGCCAUCGAUCCAUCCGCCGUUGCUGCUCCGGCUCCCAAGCGUGCUAGGACCAUGCCGGGCCCAAGAAUCCCCCGGGCCCGGGCCAACACCGACAGUUUCCUCCGACCUGUACACCAGCGCAGCUACACCAACCCAGAAGCCAUCUCCUUCGCGGCUCCUCUCCCCUUCACCGAGGACAACAGCGGAAUUGUCUUCGCUCCAGUCAACUACGUUGCCGAGCCUUCGUCGGUGCCUCACUCUCGCAGCCGGGCUUCCUCAUGCAGCCUAGACAACGUCAGCCUUGAGAGAUAUGGCUAUCCUACCUACCGCCAGAUGCCGACCUACGUGCCCUCCCAGUCUCGGACCAGUCUCAGCCCGUCGCCCACGCCGCAGCCCCAGGCCCAGUUCCCCCAGCCGGAGUCCUUCAUGUACCAGUCAUAUGCGCCGCGCGCACCUUCGCCUCUCGCCGCCGCCGCUCCCAUCACCCCUGACAUGACGCCCUCGACGACACUCCUGUCUUACCUCACCUCAUCGAACCCAGCUCCGUCGCUUGUCCGCACCAUCUCCUUCCCCCUCCGGGAUCCUCACACCAAGCACUUCUGGUGGGACGUCCGACAAAUCCGGCCGUGGACCAACUUCACCGCGGCCUCCAUCCUCUCCAUCCCCGGCGCCUCCGCCUGCCUCUCAGUGCCCAUCUCCCAAACCCUCCUCCCCACCGCCGCCGCCUCGACCCAUCAUCGCCACCCCGAGACCGAAGCCGCUCUGCACUCCAUCUACUCGGCUCACUACCUCCCCAAGCUCAACGCCGCUCUGGCCCUCUGCUCGCAGCGCCCGCUCCAGCUCUCCGUUCCCUCCAAGAGCCCCAUGGCCGCCGUCGCCACCGGUGCUUCUUCGGCAUCAACAGCAACCGACAACAUGUUCAUCGCCAACGUAGCCGGCGAAUCCGCCACCAACAGCGUAGCCGCCAUCUUCGGCGGCAAGCCCACGGCGCGCGUCGUCGGGCUCGUCAAGUCCUUCGACCGCUUCAACACGGGCAUGCGCGUCGAGGGCAACAUCAAGCGGGUCGAGUACCUCCGCGGCCUGGCGCACCUGCACCACGUCAUGCGCGAGCACGGAUGUCGGUACGGCUUCAUCCUGACCGAGAUCGAGCUGGUGUUUGUCCGCAACGGGACCGAGAGCACGCCCCACUUUGGCUACCUCGAGGUGGGAGGUGUGCAGCUUGCUGCGACUGGUAAUGACACGGCGGUGCCGGCGGAUGUGAACGAGGUCCAGAUGACUGCUUGCUUGGCGCUUUGGGGUCUGUGCAUGCUUGCUGGUGACGAGCCCGUUCCGGGCCAGGUCCAUUGGAAGAGCGAGAUUGGGGCUCCUGCGGAGGGAACGAGACGGAAGGCGCUGGCGAGGGAUGAGUGGAUGCCGCAGCCGCAGUUGGCGGAGAAGAGAGAGGCGAAGAGGAGUCGUGGGUGGAUCUGGCCUGAGGAUGCGGUGGGCAGGAAGGAGUUGGGGAAGAGAGGUGUGAGGUAUGGUGCUUGCUAAAGUUCAGUUGAACUUGCGGCGGCACGCGAUGGUGUGGUGUGGUGUUGUGUCGAAGCUGGCAUGGAAUGGGAAGAGGAGCCUGGUAUAAGGGGGCAGUAUCGACGAUCCGGCAUCAUCU